AUGUGGGGAUGCGGCUCGGCCCCCCACUGUGCACUGACCGAGAGAUUAAAAACGCUCGGCUCAAGAGUCUUCUCGCGGUUAUUUUUGUGUUCUCUGCAUUUCACUUUUCAGAUUUCACUGGUGUACUACAUAUACACGCCUACUCGCUACAGAGUAUAUGGCACCGCCGGCGAGGAGUGGACCUUUGCGAGCUACGUGCAGCUGGCCGGCACCAUCGUCCUCCUUUUCGGCACGGCGGUGUACAACGGCUCGGUCCCUUUGCCAGGCCUGGGAGACCCAGUCCCGCUCAAAGAGACGCUGCUUCCCUCGGGAGUCGCCAAAUCCUCCGCCGCGUCGCUGCGCCUCUCUGGCGCAUUCCAAAACAACUCAGCGCUGCUGCAAAAGACGGCGGCCAAGGAGGCCAAGCGGCUGAGCCAGCGCUGA